GGACCCCUAUCGUGCUGAUGAGCGACCUGUGGCCGGUCGCAUCCUUUCGUGGAGGAUCCCUUGGAGCCGUAUAUCCAUGCACAGGGCGCGCCAUAAGCAGAGUGCAUGUCAAGUUACCUUACUCAAAUUUACCUACGAUUGUAAGCAAGCUUGCGUUCAGUAAUCAGUGGGAAGCUCUUACCGCAUGUAAUCGUCGCUGGCGCUUGCACCACCCGCACGCAACAUUUGUCAACGGCAAUGCAUCAAAGCUAAAUGCCAAGUGCGGUUCUAAAGCGCUAACGUGCCAGGGCGGUGAUGGCCUUAUUGGGCAUGCCGUUAAGCUCCGCACCGAAACGCCUGCGGACGCGCUUGUCGUCGAUGGGACAAACCUGGUUAUGUUUUCCCGCGAGGACACUUCCUGGGAUGCAAGCCAUGUCGAUGCAUUCCAUGGAUGGCUUACUGCGCUCAUGCAGCUCACAGCAUGCAAGCAGCUGUAUGUGGUUGUGGACAACAAGGGGAGCGGCAGCCGUGGCUCACGCCUUUCAGAAUCGCGACAGGCAUUUGUGCCCACAUACCUGGCUAAGCGGCGCGCCAAACAGUGCCGUGGCAGCACGGGCAGCCCGCUGGCGCUAAAAGGCAGGGGACGAUCCACGGCAGCAGAAGCAGCCACAGCCGCGGCUAAACGUCAGCCGGCAACAUCCAGAGCAGCGGAAGGUUCCCAGGGCAUCUGAGCCUGAUGCAGAUGAGUCACCACCGCCGCCGCCGUACUUUGCGCCCUUUGCUGACACGGUACGGCAACUCGGUGGACUAACUCUGUACGGCAUGCCUGGGCUGGAAGCGGACGACGUCAUCGGCUCACUUGUUGAGGGACUGCUGCACGGAGAUCCACAGCAUCAGCCCACACCCUUGGAGCCCCCUGCCUCCUCCUCCCUCAACUGCAGUAGCCCAUUCCCCACCACCACCUCCGCAUCCUCAUUCUUCAUUCCUACCCCGGCAACCGCGGCCACCCAUGCGAAGGCAUGUACGGCUCCCCACCACGCAAGCCAUCGGGUCUCGCACCACAGACCAGUGGGUCGUGUGGUGAUUGCCAGCGCCGAUGCUGACAUGCUGCAGCUCCUCUCCCACUCGGGAUGUGCCUGGCUGGAGCUGCGGCACCUUAGCCGCUCUGCAAGCGCCCAAGAACCCCCACCCUUAUCAGUACGAUCGCGGCCCCUGCCGGGCAUACCCAGCAUGCUCAUGCAGUUACAUGAGGCCGUGAUAGCAGCCCCGAUGACUCUAAACGCACCACAUGCCACCGCUGCAGCUGAAACGCAUGCGAAGAGUGGGAACCGUGUUCCGUUGCGGCCGUUGGCGUCGGUGACCACAGCGCCUGGGGCAUCGUUGCUGCCCGCCGCUGCGUAUCCGGACUACCUCGCGUUGGUGGGGAAGGCAGAGGCGGGCGUGCCCGGCGUGGGCCUGAGUUCCCGCGCCGCACGUAAGCUGUUGCUCAAGUACGGCAGUAUUGAGGGUAUUGUACGAGCCUGCGAGAAGGGUUCUUACGACGAGGCCCUGCGGCCGUUGCUGGUCGGCAUGGGUCGGGGCAGUGCUGGAGUCUGGGAGGGCCGCGUGUCCGAGGCUGCGGCCUUGGGAGCUGAGGGUGGCAGCAGCAGUAGUGACAGUGGCUGCGUCCUAAGGAGCGCUGGUGAAGGCAAACUUGGCGCCGGGCGUGCACCGCCCCUCCUGCAGGCGUUACGUAACGUCCAGGUCACCCGCAUGCGUAGGGACCCUGCGAUGGUGCCGUGGGGGAAAGUCCGCAGCUACCAGCGCCAGCGGAGGGAGCAGCGGCAGCAGCAGCAGCAGGCGGAGCAGCAGCAACAGCUCAUGGCGGCGGCGGUGGAGGUGCACGGCUUGACGGGGUUAGAAGCCGACAUGGGCACGAGGGCGAAGCGAGGCUGUUCUCCAGCUCGGCAGGAGCUGGCCUGCGUGUCGCCGGCGUCAUUAGAGCCGCCGUGGUUGCCGAGUCUGGCACCGCUACACCCGCACGACCUCCUGCAUGCGCGUUCAGCGGGGCCCUUUUGCACGGACCUCGCCAGUGCCUUGCGUCGGCGCGGCUUGGCUUAUCGUACAUGCAUUAGGGUGGACGAACAGCAGGGGCUGAUGGCCGACCUUGUGAUGCCCGCUGGGCGCUGCGCACAGCAGCCGCAGCAGCAGCCACCACAGCAGGGUCAGCAGCAGCCGCCAGGUGCCUAUCAGCAUGCUGCUGCUGCUGCUGUGGAGGCACUUGCCGAGAGGCUGAUGAGCCUUGCGGAAUGCCCUCUUCCGCCGAGCGCUGGCGCGGGCCUAAGCGUCCGCAUGCUGCUAGCUGCCACUGUCCAUGCGUCAGAGCGGUCUUCGGCCGCAGACCGUAGGGUUGGUGUGUAUGAUGGCGGGGAUGGCGGCCAACGUGGCCAUGUGUCCGAGGCGCUGCCUCCUGCUGCUGGUUCCGGUGUCCCCGCGCCGAAUGCGGCUGUAGCAAGCGCUGCAUGCGAGAGGAGCUUGUCCGACUCGCUCUGUGUGUACGUGUUGUCGCCCUGGGAUUUCGACUACAAGCGCUACCAGCAUCUUCAGCGAACCAAGCAUGCGUCUCUGCGGGGGCAGCAAUGGCGCCAGCACCCGUGUCCUGAUGUUGCCUGCACACCCAACGCUUCCUUGCUAGGUGGUGAUGACACGCCGGGGUGCAUCGCCAGCCGCAGGCCCGCAGCCGCAGCCCCAGCCCCGCAGCCUCAGGACGGAUCCGCAGCAGGUGCAGAGCGGCGCAGGUUGCUGGCGUUUGCAGGGUGGCUGCAGUCCGCUGCAGGGCCUCGCGAGUCGCUACUUCACACGCCACCAACCUUGCAGGCCCUCUUGCGUUCCACCACGGCUUGGCGCCUGAACAGGAUGCAACGUCGGUUGGGCUCUGUCGCGGUGGUUCCAUUUUAUGAAUUGAUGUUGAUGUCAGAUUCCUAAACAGGCCGAGUUGUGCAGCGGCGGCAGUCCUUUUGCGCUGAAAAAGAGAGUGUGUACGUGGCUAAAUGCGUAACCCUUUGGGCGUGGCCAGCACCGUAUCUUGCGCUGGUGUUGCUUUAACAGUCGCAGGGAGACAGUGCCAUGGCAGGGAGUACGCAUCCACCCUGCUAUGGCAGCGGAUGGGGGUGCUGAGGUAUGUUGGUUGGCUUUGGG